AUGGAGUCAAACGCUUACGAAACGCCCCUUCGUAGGACUGGGCCUGUAUCACCAGCAACUUCUGGGUCCAGGCUCCGAAACCUUUUCCAUGUUAAUCAGCUGAACUCAGAAACGCCAAUUAAACGGAACCUGUUUUUAAAUCUGAGCCCUAUUAAGAAGCGAGAUCGCGGUUUGUUCAAAGUUCUGAGUCCUACAAAAGCAAACUCAGAGCAGCAGGAAAAUUACAAGCCUCGGCAGGACGAUGAGUUUGAAAGUACAAUCGACUACACCGGAGAGAUCUCCAGUUUGUUGACGAGCGACGACUCGCAAAAUCUCACCAGAAACAGCACGAUGAUCGCACGCCGCAAAGAAGAAGACCGCAUACGUGCGUCCCAGCGAGAAUACGGGUACUUUACCGAAGAAAUACCCAGUCUGUCGCACAGCAGUAGUUUCCGCACGCAGAGUUCGGUUAUUGAGCUGGUCGGUUCGUCGCAGGACGAUUUCACGAUAUACACAGACGACUAUCCAAGCAACGAAGAUGGCGACGCGGGGGAUGAGGCCAGUGGCAUGACAGAAAACCAGCAACCGCCCCAGGUUGUUGACCUUCCUUAUCUGAAAAACUCCUCGUACCAGUUCAGAAAAUUCGCUCCGGGCACCCAGCACUAUUUGCUAACCAAGGAGGAAUCGGUGUUGUUCAACAGCAGAAAAUACGGCCCCAUUACGCCGAAAAAGGUUUAUCUGAAAGAUAACGAGGCAAAGAGAAACUUCAGCUCUGGGGAGUCGCAGAAAAAUCUUCUUAAAUCAGAGUCCUUCUCGUCAGACUCAAGCACGUUCCAGCUCGAGGACUGGAACGAGUUUGGAGACCUUGAGAAAUUUUACUACCAUAGAGCCCGAAUCGGCCAUAACUGCCCGAGAAAUACGGCCUUAUUUUUCGUUCUCGCUUCGUUUUUCGUGCCACCAUUUUGGCUGCUCAUCUGCGUUGGCUAUUUGGACAAAACUUUUGGCCGAGUGCCGCUGGAGUAUAAAGUAGCCAGCGGGAUGUUGGCGUUGUUGGCAUUGGCCGGUUGCGCGAUUGGGAUUGGCCUGGGGUUCUAUUACAGCGUAAACUGA